AUGUCCGCACGGAGUGUUUUCCGGCGUCCAGUGCUCCAGUCGCUAGCCCAAAGGGCUUAUACAUCAGUGCCACGAAGGGGACUCACAGCACAACAAAAGCAGAUUGUGAAGUCUACCAUUCCCGCCCUUCAAGAGUAUGGAGUCACGAUCACCACACUCUUUUAUGAGCGCUUGCUACAGAAACAUCCGGAACUCAAGAAUAUCUUCAAUACCGUUCACCAAAAAACUGGCGAACAACCAGCGGCUUUGGCACAUGCUGUGUGGGCAUAUGCGGUUAACAUUGACCAGCCCGAAGCCCUAAGCACAGCUGUUUCUCGCAUCGGACAUAAACACGCCAGCUUAGGGGUCAUGUCUGCCCACUACCCUAUUGUCGGCGAACACCUGCUCGCCGCAAUCAAAGAUGUCCUAGGUCCCGCCGCUAACGAGCAAGUGCUCGAUGCGUGGAAGGCGGCUUACCAGCAACUUGCGGAUAUUUUUAUCAACUUCGAGCAAGGUCUCUACCAGCAAGGCGUGAAGACACCCGGUGGGUGGAAAGGAUGGCGGAAGUUCUACAUUUCGAAGAAAACGCUAGAGAGUGACGAAAUUAUGUCCUUCUAUCUCACCCCGUUGGACAAGGAUGCUCUACCAUCCUAUCAGCCCGGACAGUUUGUUAGCGUGCGCUGCUACGUGCCCGAACUAGGCUGCUACCAGCCCCGUCAGUACAGCCUAUCUGAUGUGCCGAACAAAAGUCACUUCCGAAUUUCUGUCAAACGAGAGUUCGCCAAGGAUUCAAAGCCGGCUGGCCACAUCUCGAAUGUGCUUCACGAAUCGCUGCCGGAAGGCUCGGAAUUGGAAUUGAGCAUGCCUUUCGGUGAUUUCGUUCUUGACAUUAACGCCACUACCCCUGCUGUCCUAAUUAGUGGAGGAGUGGGGCUCACACCCAUGAUGUCUAUGUUGAAAACCAUCAUCAACCAGCAGGGUCAAGCACGGCGAGUCGUCUUCGUCCAUGCGGCACGUAAUGGCCGCGUCCAUGCCAUGAAGAAUGAUCUGAUCCAGAUCGUCGCCGAAAACCCGUCAGUUAGUCGCAUGGUUUUCUAUGAAGACGCCACUGAGAAUGACGUGCUGGGGGUAGACUAUGAUCACAUCGGGCGGGUGGAUUUGACCGAAUUUAAAGACAAGGCUAUUCUCCCGGAUGCAGAUUAUUAUAUCUGCGGGCCUCAGCCGUUCAUGAAUGCUCAAAGCAAGAACCUGGAGGCUUUAGGUGUGGACCCUAAGCGUAUCCAUAUGGAAGUAUUUGGAUCUCCGCGUGAUUGA